UUUUGUUACUCAAUAACAAAUAUCUGCCCUCAAAUAAAAAAAAAAAAAACGUUUUAGUUUUGAUAAAACAUAACAAUUUUUGUGAUAUAAAAAGUUAAUAUUUAUUAAAUAAAAUAAAAUCAAAAUGGCAUUUAAGGUAAUUUUCGUCAUCACCGCUAUCGUUGCCUGUGUACAAGCUGGUGGACCAGCAGCUUACUCCAUUUCUGCCCCAAGUAUCGAUCAUGGAUCCGUAGGACAAUCACAAGAACAUACCAUUAAGGGCCAUUAUGGACAAAACUCUCAAUCAGACUACUCGAGUCAAGUAACAGCCGGUCAUGCUGUAUCACAUGUCUCCCGUUCAAGUACUACCAACGAUGCUCAAGUUGUUGCUCCCAGCUAUGGCGGUCACUUAGUUCAAGCUGCACACGCUAUUUCUGCACCAGCUAUUGCUCACAGCUAUGCUCCAGCUAUUGCCCAUGGAUAUGCCGCUGCACCAGCCCAAUAUUAUUCUCACGGUUAUGCAGCUUCAGCUCCAGUUUUAUCUCACGGUUAUGCUUCAGCUCCAAGUUAUAUCUCAGCUGGUCCAGCUAUAUCACAUGGUUAUCAUUCUUAUGCUGCUGCACCAGCUAUUCAAUCUUAUAUUGCUCAAGCUCCAGCUACUUUGAAACUUGCUCCAGCACCAGCUUAUUCUUCGGGAUACAUUCAACAUGCUCCAGCUUAUUCACAAAGCUAUGUUUCAGCUCCACAAUCAUAUAAAAUUGCUGCUUCUCCUGCUAUUGGUUAUGCAGCUCAUGCUCCACAUGGUCUUGGACUUGGAUUAGCUGCUGCCCAUUAUGCUGCACCCGCUUAUGCUGCACCUGCUUAUGCUGCCCAUGCUUAUGCUCCAGCUCCAGCACUUAUCAAAGCCGCCCCAGCUUUAGUGCAUACAUCUGUCGCCGGACAUGGCAUCCAUUAUGCAUAUUAAAUGAUAUAAUAAUGUUGACUUUACCAUCGUGGUACUUUAUUGUGUAUGUGUGUGUGUAUUUAUUAUACACAAACAGUGCAUUAAUGUACUUCACAAAAAAAAAAAUAAAACAAAACAAAAA